CAAGGUUACUACACAAAGCUUUUGGGUAAGGUGACAGGUGCGAGGAUUUAAAAAGUGUUAAACUUGAAAUCAUGACUGGACAGAGCAAACAGUAUUGAAAUAAACUUUGGUAUGGGUUGAAAAAGAUAAAAAGUGGAAAUGGAAGUGGGUUAGAAUUAGGAUAUUGACAUUCAUGGCGCGAAAUGUUUAUUAAUCAAACAAAAAAUCGAUCUCAUGAACACCUGUCUCCAUCAGAUAGACUUCAUGAAAAUGAUAAUGGUUAUCAUGAAAAACACGAAACACACCAGGAACAAGAUCAAAAUAUUGAACCACUGAUGGAUUUUACUGAUACAGAUAAAAUUUUCAAUAACAACAAUGAAAGCACUGGUCAAGUUAACAUGACAAUUCCAUACAACAAAUAUUUGACAUCAGACUUUGACAUAAAAAGGGAUUCUAAAAAGUCUGGAUUAAUAAAAUAUCCUUGGAUAAAUAGGACUGACAAGUCAGAAAUAGAAUUGAAUAUGGAGUCGUGCUCGAAAAGGACUUUUGCUGAUCCCAGGAGAAGAAGUACAAGUGAUAUAAAGGAUUUUCCUGGAAGAGAAAGAUCUUCCUCUGUAUCAAGUCAGUCUGAUUACUUCCAAAACUUGUAUAAAAAAUAUCCACAGGCCUUCCAGUAUAGAUCCUCAGAUGCCAGAGGCCAUCGUCAAACCAGGAGAAUUUUUAAUUCAGGUCUCCGUGUUCAUUUUGAAGAUGACUCGUCUUCUGUUAUAGAUACGGGUAGUGUUUGUUCUGAAAGGCCAGUUUCCAAGUGGGAUAGAGGAAUCGAAAAUAUGUUGGGGUCUAGAAUUGAAGUGGACCGUGACUGUUUGACAAGUCCAACACCCUCGAUGAUGUCUGACUCAUCCACAAGGAAUAGGCUGACAGCUACCUCAGAUACACUUAAACGUUUAUUACAACACAGGAAAUAUCAUAGUGCAAAGCUUGCAAGUGACAUCGAAUAUAAGUUAAAAAGGUCAAGCAUAAGCUCCGACAUUUCAAAGAAAAAUCAAGACCCUCUUAGUGCUUUAGCAAAAGAAUUAGAAUACAGAGAACAAAUGCUUCAGUCAAUGAAUAGAAAAUAUAAGCAAGACCAUUAUAAAAAUGAAGGGCAUUAUAUGAACAAAUCUUCACAUUGGAGAGUUCAUAGCCCAGAUUCCACUCCUGAUAGUGCAAUAGAUGUUGACACCUCCUCUGUUAAAUCUUCAGGUUCAGUGGACAAGCAAAUAAAUACUCAGUCAAAAACUCAGGAUAUGCAGUCAUAUGGUCAAAAUAGAGGCUAUGUAGAGGCUGAAAACAUCCAUCGCAAGCAAGGAAAAAUAUUAGUACGGAAAGGUGUUGUGCAUAAAGAUUCUGAUGUUGAUUCUGGUAUAGUACCUGUCAAUGAUGAUAUACAGUUAGAUCCUCCAUCAUAUAAUUCUACUAUGUAUUCAAGAUCAGAUGCAUAUGACUUGCCAGUUGGUCAUACACAAAAUCUUUACAAACCAGGUCAAAGGUCAAGGCCAUCACCAAUCAAAGCUGACCACAGUUUAACCUUAAAUCUGAAUUACAGUGACCCCACAGAUGAGGAAGAUUCAAUAGCUCAAGAAAUUAUAACAGCUAAAAUGUCAACUGAUUUACAUAUAUUACCUCAGAAAAAUCGUCCUAACAGCAAGGUCCAUUUUGAGGAUGAAAUAGAUGAUACUGAUCCACGACUUGGAAUUCCUGCUAUGACUGGAGAGGAGAAAACAAUUGCUGAAAGAUACAGGCGACGGAAGUCUCCAAUGCCCUUUGUUGUUCAUAGAACUUGUGUUUCUUCUAGAGAUGAAAGACCAAAAACAAACAGUCAGAAUAGACAAUCUAGAAGUGAUAAUCGUGUCUCUAUUUUAUGUUCUCCCAGAGAUUCGACAAAUUUUAAUCAUUUUAAUGGUGCCAGUAAUGGAAAUUUGAAAAAAGCAGAUAGCCAGGAAGUUUUGUAUUCACAAAAACUUGAAAAGUUGAAACCUAAGGAAAAGUAUUCAGCAUACUAUAGUUCCCAACCAAAUCUUUCAAUGACCAAUAAGUAUUUAUCAACAAAUGAACAGCACUUGAAAGAACAGUCAAAUGGAUAUACACAUUCUGUGGCCAAUUAUCAAACAAACAAAAAGUCUGGCAUGGUUGAUGAGCAUGAACAAGUCUUCCAAAAACAAGUGAAUGGUGUUCUUUUUCAGGAAACAAAACCACUUUCAAAAUCUCAGCCAAAUUUAGCUCCUGUUAUGAAGAGUUCAAACAAAGGGAGAUUAUCCUUAUCACGAGCCUCAUCAUCAAAUUCUGACCAAUCAUCUCAUACUUUAAUGUCUUCCCAAUUAGCUUUAAAUGUAGCAGAACAAAAUAUGAAUGAAAUGACAAGAACAAAUCACAGUGUUCCAUUCAGUGCUAAAAAUACUAAGAAAAAACUUCAUUUUAAAAAAUACUUCAAAACCAAGAGAGGCAAAUAUAACCCUUCUCUUGAAGAGAACUGUUAUCCUGCAGAACUAGGUCAUGGAAUUUCUAUGCCAGAUCUGACAGGAGAUAUGCCUAAGGAGAAUGUGCAAUAUUCUAAAUUAUCAAAGCAUCAUCGAAGUCUGCAAAAUAUUUACUUCCGAUCAAAAGACUUAGAAAGUGGUUCUGAUGAAGAGGAUGUCCAACAAAAACCCUUACAAUCUGUCAAACCUAAACAUAAAUCAAAAGGCAGUGCAAUACAUUAUAAUAAUACAUGUGAUAACGUGACUGACGGAGACUCAGGAGUUGAUGAUAAACUUCCAAAAUUACGUACUAAUGGAGGAUAUAUAAACAGUUAUAGUAGUGAUAGCUCAGAUCAAAAUAUUGUCAAACAGCAUUCAAAACCAAGGUAUCAGCCAAAAAGAACAGAAUCAGACAGUAGUUCUUGUCUAAGUGCAAGUGGUGAGACGUUUCAGAAAGAUUUGAGAAGAAAAACAAAACUGACACCAUAUGAAUCAUCUGUAGUUCACUUGGAUAAACAAGGAAUAAAUGUAAAUGAACUAAUUGAUAGUGAUUCUGAUAGUUUUUCUGCCAAACGUGUUGUAAUUGACAAAGUUCAAGCUAAAAAAAAUGUACAUACUCUACCAAACACUGGUGCUAUACAUGAACAAGUGAUUGAAAUGAAUCUUGCACAUGAAAGAAAGUAUAAAAAGAAAGGAGACUUUCACGAAACUCCUGCUAAAUUAUCAAAUCCAAAAUUAACUGUUCCACAUUAUCCGAAACCUGAAGUUAUACCAACAAGUCAACAUUACUAUCUAGACAAUGAUCAUGGUCAACACAAUGUUUGUGAUAAGAUAGUUUCAGAUCAUCAAAAUGUUUGUGCUAGAAGAUCUGUUUCAUCCUCUGUUUCAUCAAUGUCGUCACAAGAACAAGUACACCAUUAUAAUGAAAAAGAUUUAGAAUUAACAAAUGACUAUGGUAAGGGAAGUAACUCUGAUAGAACAUAUGUUAUCCAAAGGAAAUCAUCAGUGGAAGAAGUUCAACAUCCAAUAGAAUCAAGUGCAGUCUUUAACAAAAUUAAAGCUGAAGGAAUGCCAGCACAUAUUUAUGCAGAAGUUAAUUUAAAGUCAAAAAUAGAAGGAGAAAACAACCAAGAGGGAAGACAACUGCAUAGUAAACUUUCUGCAAGUACACCUGAUAUAGCUGCUAAUUUUGACAAAUGUGUGGAUAUUGACAUUGAAGGAAAUCAACCGAUUCCUGACAAAAGAUGGAACAGAGAGUCAAACCUUUUAAAAUCCAAAGAACUUAGCUCCUCUAGGCAAUCUUUAUCAGAUAAAAUGGGAGGUAUAAAGAAGUCUGCUAAAAGCAAGUUUAAAGCAAUACGUAAAGCAGUCAGCAUGGACAAAGGUAUAGAUGACAUUGGUAAUGAAGGUCAAACAAAGGUCAAGGACAAGAAAAAGUCAAAGGAAAAGAAAGGAUUAUUUGGAUUUUUUUCAAAGAAAAAGUCAAAACAAAAGGCAGAAAAAGCCAUUGAAUUAAGUGAGCCUUCCCCAGAUGCAGAAAAUGCAGCAGCUUCUGGCCAAAAUUUUGAAUUGAACUCAUGCAACUCCAUAGACUCUGUACAGGAAGGUCAAACUGGAAGUCGUCUUUGCCAUAUUAAUUCAGAUGGCACACAAGUGAUAGAAAUUCAUAAGCCACAAAAUAAAGCUAUAAAUUUCUUCAUCUCUAGGGGAAAUGCUCAGUUUAAGCAUGGUGUGUUUGUUUCACGUUUUAUAAGCAGUCCGACCAACAUGUAUUCAGGACUUCUGUCUGUAGGUGAUGAGAUCAUUGAAGUGAAUGGACUAAAAGUUCAGGACUUACUAUUAGAUGAUGCCUACAGUCUCCUCAGCAAUGCUGAAAAUCUUGUCAUAACUAUACUACCUCUAUUAGCCAGAAAAGAUAUUUAAUGUAGUAUUUUAGGAAACUUGUGAUAAUACUCCUAGCUGAUAUAUGUUGUAUUAAACCAUUUUAUUUAGCUUAGUAUGACAAUAUGGACAUCCAAAAAACAAUUUUUAUUAAUGGCUCUUUUAGCUAACAGAACAGAAACAGAUAAUGCACAAUACUGGUUAAUUAAAGUUGACAUACUUUUUCAAAA